AUUUCGUGGGAGCUUAACUUCCUGUAGAGAGCGAGAGAAAGAGGGAGAGAGAAGAGGGAAACAAAGUCCCCUUGCAUUUCUCAUGAACUGUGGAGUCGUGCUGGGUUUCUAUUGUUGGGGUUGGGAGUUCUUAACGGCCCUUCUUCUCUUCUCCUCAUCCCCUUACUAUCCUCCUCAAUCUUCUUAAUUCUUAGUCUCCUCUAUCCUUGUUUCUAGCAAGCUUCAUCUUCUUGUUCUGAUCUAGCUCAAUCCCUAGCUCUCAUAUAUAUAUAUACCAUCAAUAUAUGGAGGGUGUGUGUGAUCAAAAGGGUCUGUUGGAAUCCUUGAGGAAGUCGAGCCCGCCUCCUUUCUUGUUGAAGACGUACAUGCUGGUGGAGGAUCCGGCAACUGACCCCGUGAUAUCGUGGAACGAGGAUGGGUCGGCCUUCGUGGUGUGGCAGCCGGCCGAGUUUUCCCGUGACCUCCUCCCAACUCUCUUCAAGCACAGUAACUUCUCUAGCUUUGUCAGGCAGCUUAACACUUACGGAUUUCGCAAAGUUGCAACAAGCCGGUGGGAGUUUUGCAAUGAAAAGUUCCGAAAGGGUGAAAAGGAUCAUUUGUGUGAAAUCCGUCGUAGAAAAGCAUGGGCGAACAAGCAACAGCCCACCACGAGUUUAGCUCAAGGCCAAGAAGCACCAGAUUAUGAUCACUCUGAUGAAGACCAGGAAAGGUCUUCCUCAACUUCUUCAUCUGAGUACAGCUCUCUUAUUGAUGAAAACAAACGGCUGAAGAUGGAAAAUGGGGUCCUGAGCUGCGAGCUCACGAGCAUGAAAAACAAGUGCAAGGAGCUUCUCGAUUUGGUGGCAAAGUAUGGCCGGGAUUCAGAGAGAGGUCAAGAGGAAGAAGACCAAAGGCCAAAGCUGUUUGGGGUAAGAUUGGAGGUUGAGGGAGAGAGAGAAAGGAAGAGAAAGAGAGAGUUAAUUAGUGAAAGCGCAAGCAUUUUACUAUCUCAAGCAUGCAAAUAAAACGUUGCAUAUAAUCAAAGCAAGACUGCAUAUAUGAUCUCUACUCAAUAUUUAGCGGCUUAUUGUCGAAGCACGUAAAUUAUAGAAUACCAGAAUGGCAGAAUCUACGUAUGGAUGUUAUCAUCUGACUAGCAAAUUAAUAAAUGUAAAUGUUCAUAUAUGCCGUCAAGACUGGCGAUGACGUCUUGGAUAUUCUUGUCAGCUGGGGCUUUUCCAUUUACC